AUGGUUGUGCAAAUUACGCCGAUCGGGAUCCAAAAUAUCAGAUGGCGGUUCUAUCUCAUCUGGACGGCGAAUCGGAGUCUGGAGGAUUUUGACAUUGUGUUCAAGGAGAAUUUGAGGACUUGGGUGGUUCUGAAUAAUGAGGCUACACAUCCUCAACGACCUGCUCGGAUAUUUAUUAUGAAUUAA